CUGAGUGGUGUGGCAGCCGUAAAGAGACUCAGUAAAUCAAUUAACUCCAUGGUUUUCAUGAAGGCCUCUUCAUAUCAAAACUUCUCUAUUUAUAUGCAUCUCCUCUGAUCCUGUGGCAAUGAAGAUUGACAUCCACACUCACAUUCUACCAAGAGAGUGGCCAGAUCUAAAGAAGAGAUUCGGGUAUGGAGGCUGGGUGCAGCUCCAACACCAUGGCAAGGGAGAAGCAAAGAUGCUGAAAGAUGGGAAGGUCUUCAGAGUAAUCCAAGAGAACUGCUGGGAUCCAGAAGCUCGUCUUAGAGAAAUGGACCAAACAGGAGUGACUGUGCAAGCCCUUUCCACGGUUCCCGUCAUGUUUAGCUACUGGGCCAAACCUCAGGACACUUUAGACCUGUGCCAGCUUCUGAACAACGACCUCGCUGCCACCAUUGCGAGCCACCCCAGGAGGUUUGUGGGUCUGGGGACGUUGCCCAUGCAGGCCCCUGAGCUGGCGGUUAAGGAGAUGGAGCGCUGUGUGAAGAAGUUGGGCUUUCCCGGGGUUCAGAUCGGCUCCCACAUCAAUGAGUGGGACCUGAAUGCACCGGAACUCUUCCCAGUGUACGCGGAGGCUGAAAGGCUGAACUGUUCCCUAUUUGUGCACCCCUGGGACAUGCAGAUGGAUGGACGGAUGGCCAAAUACUGGUUCCCUUGGCUCAUAGCAUGCCAGGCCCUGUACCUGGCACUAAGGAUAUACCAGGCAUGGACAAAAACCUCUGCCCUUCUGAAGCCGGAGGUGACAAACAAGUUCACAGAUCACAAACAAGCCGACUACUUUCAGUAUUUUAUUCGGGAUGAACUUCUUGCACACAGCAUGAGGAUUGAAAAGAAUCCUUUUCAAGUAACACUAGCCCCUCAAGAAUGCAUUUUACUUGCAGGUGGCUCCUUCCCCUUCACAGUUGGAAGAAUCUCUCAUGGAUUCAGCAUGCGUCCUGAUCUGUGUGCACAAGACAAUCCAACCAACCCAAAGAAAUACCUUGGUUCCUUUUAUACAGACUCCUUGGUUCAUGAUCCUCUGGCCCUCAAGCUGUUAACAGAUGUCAUAGGAAAGGAUAAAGUCAUUUUGGGAACUGAUUACCCCUUCCCACUAGGUGAGCUGGAACCUGGGAAACUGAUAGAAUCCAUGGGAGAAUUUGAUGCAGAAACCAAGGAUAAACUCAAAGCUGGCAAUGCCCUUGAAUUUUUGGGUCUUGAAAGGAAACAAUUUGAAUGACUGAAUUUACUACAAAGGCAAAUUUCAAGAAGACUUUUACUUUUGCUUUUAAAUAUGUAUCACAUAUGCAUUACUGAAAUCCUAUUUUGAACUUUUAUCCACAAAUAGAAUAUAUCCAAAUACCCUAAACUGUUCAUAACAAAAAUGAUUCUCAUGUUUUAUUCUGAAAAGCAGUACAUUAUUUCAUGUACAAAUCAAAAAUUAUUUUCCUGCAGCCUUUUAAAUUAAUGGCAGAAAUAAAAAGCAAAAUGCCAUUAAUGAUUCAUAUGAAAAAAAUAACAGAUUCAUCCUAGAGGGUUCAUGUAGGUUCUCUACUUUGAGCAAAUAUUUGUUAAUAGGUCCUAAAUAACCUGUUGUUAUUCACUUUAAAUACUUUCCAUUAGCUCAGAAGUGGGCUGGGAAUGCUUUAGAUUCCAAAAAAAAAUUAAAAAUAUACAUUUUCCGUAAUCUCUAGGAACUUAACAGCCCAAUUGAGGCAAAAUACAUGUUUUUGGAAUAAUUACUAAGCAAUAAAACAUGCAUGUCACAGAAUUUCAGUUAAGAAAAAUUCAUCUGAUUCCAACUUUUGGGCACAUCUUCACAGAAGCUGGAACUCAAGCUGAGUCUAUAAAGAUGAAUAAGGCAUGUUCAGAGUUGGAAGAUGGUAAAUAGGAAGGCAAAACAAUGUGAACAUAGUUUCCACACGAAUAAGAACUUACCUAUUCUGGAGAAAAGUUUCAGUAUGUAAUUUACUUUUACCAGAAGCUCUUUCAAUUUGAAAUACUGAGCAGACUGUGUAAAGCAAGCUGUGGAGAGUGAGCAGGGCGAUACCAGGGCAGUCUGUCACACUCUGCAUUUCUCUUCUUUCCACCUGGUCUGCUGAAGAUGAACUUGGAUCUGGGAGGGAUGAUGAACAUCUGUGGUUCAGGUACCUCUGGCUGAAUUCUAAAAUGUAAUUGUUCAAAAUUAUCCGCUUGCUCUAA